AUGAUUACGCUCUUCCGCUUAAUACAGAGCCUCUCGCUCUUACUGCUGCUCAUUGGAGCAGUUACCGCCGAGCACACAUCCAACUGGGCCGUACUGGUUUCAACAUCCCGAUUCUGGUUCAACUACCGUCACCUCGCCAAUGUUCUUUCUCUUUACCGAACGGUCAAGCGACUCGGCAUUCCCGAUUCUCAGAUCAUCCUCAUGCUCCCUGAUGACAUGGCAUGCAACCCUCGAAACGCCUUUCCCGGAACCGUGUACAGUAACGCAGAUCGCGCCGUCGAUCUGUACGGAGACAACAUCGAAGUCGACUACAGGGGCUACGAAGUGACAGUCGAGAACUUUAUCCGACUCUUGACAGAUCGCCUGGACGAAGAUGUGCCGCGCAGCAAGCGUCUUGGAUCGGAUGCUGGAAGCAAUGUGUUGGUCUACAUGACUGGCCACGGGGGUGAUCAAUUCCUCAAAUUCCAAGAUGCGGAGGAAAUUGGCGCAUGGGAUCUGGCCGAUGCGUUCGGACAGAUGUGGGAGAAGAAGCGCUACCAUGAAUUGCUUUUCAUGAUCGAUACCUGCCAGGCCAACACGAUGUACACCCACUUCUACUCGCCCAACAUUGUCGCCACGGGAUCCAGCGAGCUGGACCAGUCUUCAUACUCCCACCACGCGGACAACGACGUCGGAGUUGCUGUGAUUGACCGCUGGACUUACUACGUGCUCGAGUUCCUCGAGACGCAGGUGACAAGUGCCAACUCGAAAUUGAACCUGGGCGAUCUAUUCGACUCCUAUGAUGAAUCGAAGAUCCACUCGCAGCCCGGUGUUCGAUGGGAUUUGUUCCCUGGUGGUGAGCCAGAGGGCCGCUUGCGAACUGUGGUUGAUUUCUUCGGCAAUGUGCAGAAUGUCGAGGUCGAGAACGCCAAUGCGACUGAACCAGGCUCUCUCAAGGAAGACUUGGCUGAGAUUGCGCGAUUGGUUGAGAAGUGGCAGAAGCGUGACGAGGAAUAUUCCGCCAUCCUUGGCAACUCGUCUCAACAACACGGUGAGAAUCAGCCCUCGGAGUCUGUACGCUUGGGCUCGAAGAAGACAGGGCCGACCAGAAUGGCGGAGGAUAACAGUUGGGGCAAGCGUCUAGUUGGCCUUUCUGUUGUAGGUGCUUGUACUGCUAUCUGGGUCGCUGGAUCGAUUCUUGGCCGUUCAGCUUAA